CUCUGCUAAGUUAGAUCCUAAAAUGCUCAAGCUAAAGGAGAUGGAUGGCAUACCAGUUGAACAUCAAAUAGCAUCAAAUGUUACUUUAAAAGCCAAGAGCUUUUCACAGAUCUCUGUUAACCAAACAUUUGAUGAUUUUGUAAAUGGACCUGGUGAUUUUGUGAACUUAGCACCUAGUUCAUCUUCAGCAGUUUCUGCAACAGUUUGUGGUGGUGGUGGUGCAAGACCCAAACAGCUGAAGCAAUCAUCUGCUCACAAACCUAAAACUGAAGAAUUUCCUGACAUCACUAUUGAUCUGAUUCAGUAUCAGGCUGUUAAGAACUUGGUUGAUAGUAAUCUCUUACAAAGAUUUUGUAAUUCAGAGAAAAUGGCUGAUAAAGUGAAAAUAUGUUUUAAUAUGCCUUGGUUACCUGAUCCCAACAAUGAAUUUGAAGGUUUAUACAGAAAAGUAAUAGGUUUAAUAAGAUAUGACAUUGAUCUUUCACCUUCACAUUUUGAAAAAGCAGGAAAUGCUGCAGAGAAAAUUUCAAACGAAUUUCCAGAUGUUUUUUGCAAAUGUCAUCUUGAUAAACUGGUGAUCAUUGGUGACAGUAGAGAUACAACAGAUCAAGCAAAAAAUAAAGCAAAUGUUUAUCUUGGAAAAGUAAAACCUUCUAGCCGAUCAAAAAGGCAGUUCACAAGAAAGAAAGAUGUGGGUGAGAGUUCACAUUCCUUAACUGAUGAUGUAUUGUCCACCUAUGAGCAUAUCGCUGGCAGCUUAGAUUUCCAAGGAAAUCUUCUCACUGUUAAAGUUUACAACACAGAUAUCACUAAGCUGAAAGUUGAUGUUGUUGUUAAUGCUGCUAAUGGACAAUUGGAUCAUUAUGGUGGUGUUGCAUACCACAUUGCAAAAGCUGCCGGUGAUGACCUUGUAAGAGAAAGUCGAGAUUACAUCAAGAAAUAUGAUGACAUUUCUGUAACUAAACUUGCAGUAACCAGUGCAGGAAGAAUGCCCUGUAAGAAAGUGUUCCAUGCUGUAGGACCAAACUGGUAUGAUUACAUAGAAAGUGAAAAGAAAGUAUGCUUGGAGGAUCUGCUGAAAACUAUCUUGAGAUGUCUGUGUGCUGCCCGAGAUCUAAAUAUGACAUCCAUUGCCAUUUCAGCCACAAGAUUGGCAAUGCAUGCAGUACUGAUGGAAUAUUGUGCAGAGAUGUAUGUAAGAGCUUUCAAAAGUUUUGACCAGUGUGUACAAGGAGGCUCUUUGAAGGAAGUUCAUUUUGUGGACGUGAAUACAGAAAUGGUGGAUUUGCUUCAGAAAACGUUUAAGAAAGAAUGGAAUAAGUCGGUUGAUGAAGAAAAUAUCAAGCAUGAUCAAGUGAUCAUUAAUGAGAUGCUGGGAUCCUUUUUUGAUGAUCAGAACAGCGAUGAAAUCUCUGAAUCCACUUCAAAGGGAAGCAGAGGAUCUGAACUGUCUGUAUCUAGCACUAAACACAACAGUGGUGAUAAACUCCAUGAAUCUACCCAGAACACCAAUAGAGGAUCUGAACGUUCAGCAAGCAGCACUAAGCUACCCAACAUCUUGAUAUCUAGUGGCCACAUCACACACGCAAAAACUGAUGCCAUAGUUUGCUGGCAAGAUGUAACGGUUUCAGGGACAUCUGAAGUAGCUAAAACUAUUGCUGAGGCUGCUGGACAAGAGUAUAACAGAGCAUUAAGAAUAAACACAGUAAAUAAAAUUGUCUGUGGAAAUGUUUUCUACACUACUGGAGGAAAUCUCAACAAGUAUGUGAUCCAUGCUGUUGUAUCAGAAGCAUCAUUCUCAGAAGGCAUUGUUGAUAUUAAAAACAUUGUCAGCAAGAUUCUGAUUGUGGCUGAUCUUUUAGAAUUGUCAUCUGUGGGUUUUCCUGUGUUGAGGACACGUACAGAUGCUGGUUUAAAACAUUUCAGCAAAGACAUCUUUGAUGGCAUCUUGGCAUUUGCAGCUGAAAAGCCAUCAUCAUCUGUAAAACACUUUCAGAUAGUUGACCAAGAUGAGGGUCGUGUGCAGAUGAUGCAGUGUAAUAUUGAUGAAUUAAUAAAGGAAUGGUCAUCCAGAUCCAACAUUCCUUAAAGAGGUUCAAGAAUAAUUGGUCUAAGAAGGUAUCCUCGGGAGAAACUGAUGUUUAAAACAUCUUAACAGAUUAUGGACUAAAUGAGAGCAGUGGAAAGCAGCUUCAUGAAAAAAGAAGAGUUAAAACCUACCUGUAGCUUUGGAAAAUGCACCAAUCAGAAUAGAAAUAGAAUUCAAAGUUUGUUUGAUGUGUACAUGAUACAUACCUGUGUUGAAUGCAAGUAUUCCUUAAUCAAGGUGUUUAAUUAUUACUAACUUGUUUUUGAACUUUUUAUAUCUCUCUAUUGAAUUUUAUGUAUACUUUUUUGUGUGAAAGGUCCGUAAAUAUAUAAUAGUCUGACAAGAAUGUAUUAUGAUUUGGUACGUACAUGUAUAUGAACCAUAACCAAUUAAAACAUUAUCAGUGUAUUCCAAUAUGAACGUUGUUUAUCAUGCAUCAUAAACAUGCAUCGAGAACAGUUCUUCAGUGUAUUCCAAUAUGAACAAUGUUUAUCAUGUGUCAAGAACAGUUGUUCAGUGUAUUCCAAUAUGAACGUUGUUUAUCAUGCAUCGAGAACAGUUCUUCAGUGUAUUCCAAUAUGAACGAUGUUUAUCAUGCGUCGAGAACAGUUGUUCAGUGUAUUCCAAUAUGAACGUUGUUUUAUCAUGCUUCAAGAACAUAUAAAUAUGUGCUAUAUAAAUGAAAACAAACUGUAGGUGUGACUGUGUCUGUGAAUUAAGGGCCAACUUAAUUUAAUUUAAUAAUAAUAAAUUUUGAUUAGCUGCAGUUCAUAAUCACUACAAGGUUCUAGAAUUGUGUAGUGAUCCCAGAGACUUGCGUGGCAAAUCAUAACGUGAUAUUGAACUAAUAAAUGUUCCUUGAAUGAGAAUUGUGAACUUGAUAAAUGUGUUUCAGUCUGUAUUACAUUACUAGAUGUGCGUUUUGUGGCAACUUGUACAUUGGUUGUGAGACACUAUGCUUACUUUCAUGUACUAAAUGAAGUGAUUAUGAUUUUUUUUUGCAAUUUAACAUAAAUAUGAAAUGUUUGCUUUUUCGAAACUAGUAGCACUACAGAAUGUUAUCAUUAGAUUAGAUAUUUGUUUGUGUUAUAUUUGUGUAGAUUUUAUAACUAUGUACAUAGAAAUUUGUUAAUCAUAAUUGGAACACAUGCUAUCUCGGGCGCAGGUCCUGGGAAGGGUCCGUACACCCUCCCUGAGUUUAGAAAAUUCCUAAAAAUUCCAUGUUCAGCAGAUGAAUACAAUGAAUGUAUUUGUUUUUAGUGGGGAACAUGUAAUCUUUUUAUGAGCUUGGUGUGUUGGGGGAAGAUUCCUUAUACAUGUAUGUAAUGCAUGUUGGUGUACUUUCCGUAUUGUAGGUGCCCUUUUUAAAUGUUGCAACACCUCCCUCGAUACUGUACAUGCCUUUUUAAAAAUGUGCACCUCUUCCCUAGGAAAAGUCUGCAUCUGCCCACUGGAAUUGCAUGAUGUAUGUUGUGUAAUUGUUUCAUAGGGGUUUUGUGAUUGGGUUUCAUUCACAUUUUUUUUUUUUUUUUUUUUUUUUGGUCUUUGUUUGGUUUUUUGGUCUUUGUUACAGAAUGUUAAUAAUUAUAUACUGUUCACUUAUAAUUAUUUUUAUUUGUUUCAUGAUGAUUUUUUACUUGGAUGUGUAUUUGCUCAAGAAGAAUUAUUUUAAUUUCUAGGGCAGGAUGUAGCUCGGUGGUAGAGCACUCACCUGUGGUGCGAUCGGUUGUAGGAUUCAUUGCCAUUUUUCAACUCAGAUUGUUGAGGUUUUGUCACAAUCAGUGUCCACACACACACAUGCACCUAUCAUCAUUCGGGAGUCGGAACCUUUAACUUUGUAUACACAAUUUUGACUCCCAAAUGACAAUAUCUACAUGCUAUUAACUUGUACUGCAUGUUAUGAUGUUAUAUAUAUAUAUAUAUAUAUUGACUCCCAAAUGACAAUAUCUACAUGCUAUUAACUUGUACUGCAUGUUAUGAUGUUAUAUAUAUAUAUAUAUAUAUUGACUCCCAAAUGACAAUAUCUACAUGCUAUUAACUUGUACUACAUGUUAUGAUGUUAUAUAUAUAUUGGAUAUUGCUUUGACAGUAGGGCCUCCACGAGUCCAAUAUAUUGCACUCCAGUACUCGAGGGUCAAACUCGACCUGGAUCCGAGUACCUGACACUUAUAUUAUAUGAUGAUGAGACUAAGGAAUAAAGUAAAAUAGCUUUAUGCAUCUUAAUUCAGCGCUGAACAUAAAUGCCAAAUCAUGGCAUUGUACUGCAUUCCACACAAUCAACUAUUGUUUUCCAUCCAUAUGUCUUAGCCCUAUAAUGUAACCAGCAGCUAGCAUAUGGCAAAAUGAUGUAAAAUAAAUAAAUUAUUAUUUAAUUUUGUUUUAGAGUGCUCUUCCUUGCACGGGUACUCGAGUCCUGUGAACAGACUCGAGUCUUGCUAUACUCGGCCCAUGCCCAAGUUCUCGUGGAGACACGAUUUGGCAGGCAUCAAAAUAUAUAUGUCUAGAGUGGUCGCCCUUUUGCUGGAUAUUAGAAAUAUGAACUUGGUAAUGUCAUUACUAUCCUGUUCAUAAUAGAAAUAUCAAUGGAAUCACUUUUUGUUACAUCAGCUGUAUCUUUCACUGAUAUUGAUAAGCAAUAAUUUUGUGUGAUUCAAUGUAAGAAUACUGUAACACAAUUAGUUAAUAACUGCUGGGAAAACCCCCACCAGACUGAAUCAGACAUUAUACAUAGUGUCAGCUAGUAAGAAUUUAUGUAUAACUUCAAAUGAAGAAGUGAGAAAGUUGAGAAUGAAAUAAUCAUUUUGACUUGCACAGUCUACUACUCUACAUGUUACCAAGUAAUAUCUCGCUGUGUCAAACUGAGUCUUUAACACAACUAUUGGUGAGAAGUAUACAUGUAUGUGGCAGAUCAAUUGGUGAUAAAGUGUUCUUUAUCUUUGACUAGCUAAUAAAAUUUCAUUUACACUAUGGUAGUAUAUCAGUGUACAAGAUAAUAUAAUAUUGUUCAUGAAAUAUACAGAACCAGGUUAUCAAGGAUAACUUCCUAUAUUCAACAUAUGCAUGGCAGUAGUAAAUCUUAAGGCAGAGAUGAAUUUUACUUGUAGAAUGCAGGAAAUUGUAUUUCUGUUCAAAGUUUUAUCGGGGAGUAUACCCCAAACCCACUAGAAACUUUGCUUUGCACCCUCGAUCUCAGUCACCCCACCCCCAUCUCUACUUGCUUCUGCCAUGCCUGCAACAAAGUUAUACACAUUUAAAAAAUAAUAUUAAAAUAAGAAACAUAAGACAUGAGAGGAGGCUGGAAUAUGAAAGCUUCUUAAAUUUGACACAUGGAUAUUCUAAGGUGGUUUUUAUAAAAUUAAUGAAUUAUCUACAAGUAACAAAAUUAAUUAAUUCUGAAAUAUACAUGUAGUUUUUAUUUCAGUGAGUUGUUUUAAGAAUUGACCACAUUUUUUUUUUUUU